CGUAAUUUUAGCGCGCCCGCGUCGUUCCGAGUGGCGACGCGGAACAUGGCGCGUUCCUAGAAGCCGUUUUCGGCAUCAGUAGGUGGCAGCGUGUGGACUAGAAGCGCGGGGUGCGGAACCAACCAACGCUGCGUGGUGUGGAGAAGUGGACCGGGGAGGGUCAGGCUGCUCGGCCCCGAGCAAACGGAUUCCAUGGAUCUCAAUAGUGCCAGCACUGUAGUUCUUCAGGUCUUAACCCAGGCCACCAGUCAGGAUACUGCUGUCUUAAAGCCAGCUGAAGAGCAGUUGAAACAGUGGGAGACACAGCCAGGUUUCUAUUCAGUGUUGCUGAACAUUUUUACCAACCAUACCCUCGAUAUAAAUGUAAGGUGGCUUGCUGUGCUGUAUUUUAAACAUGGAAUUGAUCGUUACUGGAGACGUGUAGCACCUCAUGCUCUCUCAGAGGAAGAAAAGUCAACAUUGCGUGCAGGGCUCAUCACAAACUUUAAUGAACCAAUUAACCAGAUUGCAACUCAGAUUGCAGUGCUGAUUGCAAAAGUUGCCCGGUUGGAUUGUCCUAGACAAUGGCCUGAACUGAUUCCCACUCUUAUAGAGUCAGUUAAAGUCCAAGAUGACCUUCGACAGCACAGAGCAUUGCUUACAUUCUAUCAUGUUACCAAGACCCUGGCAUCCAAACGACUGGCUGCUGACAGAAAACUGUUUUAUGAUUUAACUUCUGGAAUUUAUAAUUUUGCGUGCUCUCUGUGGAAUCACCAUACGGACACAUUCCUUCAACAGAUUGCUUCUGGCAAUGAAGCUGCAGUUCUAAGUUCACUAGAACGAACACUACUAUCAUUAAAAGUGCUGCGUAAGUUAACUGUGAAUGGAUUUGUGGAACCUCAUAAGAAUAUGGAGGUGAUGGGAUUUUUACAUGGAAUAUUUGAACGUUUAAAGCAGUUUCUGGAAUGCAGUAGAAAUAUAGGUACAGAUAACGUUUGUAGAGAUAGACUGGAAAAGAUCAUCAUUCUUUUUACUAAAGUACUCUUGGACUUCCUGGAUCAGCACCCUUUUUCAUUCACUCCUCUAAUUCAGAGAUCACUGGAAUUUUCUGUAAGCUAUGUUUUUACUGAAGUUGGCGAAGGCAUUACAUUUGAACGCUUUAUUGUCCAGUGCAUGAAUCUUAUCAAGAUGAUUGUCAAAAAUUACUCUUAUAAGCCAUCCAAAAAUUUUGAAGACAGCAGCCCUGAAACACUUGAAGCCCACAGAAUCAAGAUGGCGUUCUUCACUCACCCCACGCUGACAGAGAUAUGUAGAAGAUUGGUCUCUCAUUACUUUUUGUUGACUGAAGAAGAACUGACAAUGUGGGAAGAAGAUCCAGAAGGCUUUACAGUGGAAGAAACAGGAGGAGAUUCUUGGAAAUACAGUUUGAGGCCUUGCACCGAAGUACUAUUUAUAGAUAUAUUCCAUGAAUAUAAUCAGACUCUUACUCCUGUACUUCUAGAAAUGAUGCAAACACUUCAAGGUCCCACCAAUGUAGAAGAUAUGAAUGCACUCUUAAUCAAAGAUGCUGUGUAUAAUGCUGUAGGAUUAGCUGCUUUCGAGCUGUUUGACAGUGUUGAUUUUGAUCAGUGGUUUAAAAACCAACUUCUUCCAGAAUUACAGGUCACUCAUAAUAGGUAUAAGCCAUUGCGACGCAGAGUGAUUUGGCUCAUUGGUCAGUGGAUUUCUGUGAAAUUCAAGUCUGACUUGAGACCCAUGCUGUAUGAAGCAAUCUGUAACUUGCUUCAAGAUCAAGAUUUAGUGGUCCGAAUUGAAACAGCUACGACUCUGAAGUUAACUGUUGAUGAUUUUGAAUUUAGAACAGAUCAGUUCUUACCGUAUUUGGAGACCAUGUUCACACUACUUUUUCAGUUAUUGCAGCAAGUUACAGAAUGUGAUACGAAGAUGCACGUUUUGCAUGUUCUUUCCUGUGUGAUUGAAAGAGUCAAUGUACAGAUACGACCAUAUGUUGGAUGCUUGGUACAGUAUUUGCCUCUUCUUUGGAAGCAGAGUGAAGAACACAAUAUGUUGCGAUGUGCUAUUCUGACAACACUUAUUCAUCUUGUUCAGGGAUUAGGAGCAGACAGCAAGAACCUGUACCCUUUCCUGCUCCCAGUUAUCCAACUGAGUACAGAUGUUUCUCAGCCUCCACAUGUCUAUCUUCUGGAAGAUGGUUUAGAAUUAUGGUUGGUGACAUUGGAAAAUAGCCCAUGUGUUACACCAGAAUUGCUUCGUAUAUUUCAGAAUAUGUCACCACUUCUUGAGCUUCCAUCCAGCUGCCUUGCAAACGAACUAAGUUCAGAAAAUCUCAGAACCUGUUUUAAGAUCAUCAAUGGUUAUAUCUUUUUAUCAUCAACAGAAUUUUUACAGACAUAUGCCGUAGGUCUGUGUCAGUCCUUUUGUGAGCUGUUACAAGAAAUUACUACAGAAGGUCAAGUUCAAGUGCUCAAGGUUGUAGAAAAUGCCCUUAAAGUGAAUCCAGUAUUAGGUCCACAGAUGUUUCAACCGAUUCUGCCCUGCGUUUUCAGAGGUAUUAUAGAAGGCGAGAAGUAUCCAGUAGUGAUGUCCACCUACCUUGGAGUUAUGGGUCGAGUCCUACUACAAAAUGCUAGUUUCUUUACUUCCCUUCUUAAUGAGAUGGCACAUAAGUUUAAUCAGGAGAUGGACCAGCUUUUAGGAAACAUGAUUGAGAUGUGGGUUGAUCGAAUGGACAACAUUACGCAGCCUGAAAGAAGAAAACUUUCAGCUUUGGCUUUGCUCUCUCUUCUGCCAUCUGAUAAUAGUGUUAUCCAAGAUAAAUUCUGUGGAAUUAUAAAUAUCUCAGUGGAAGGACUUCAUGAUGUCAUGACAGAAGACCCUGAAACAAGAACUUACAAAGACUGUAUGUUGAUGUCUCAUCAUGAGGAACCAAAAGCAAUGGAAGAUGAAGAACCACCCACAGAACAAGAUAAGAGGAAAAAGAUGCUGGCCCUGAAGGACCCCGUGCACACAGUGUCACUGCAGCAAUUCAUCUAUGAGAAGCUCAAGGCCCAACAGGAGAUCCUGGGGGAACAAGGCUUCCAGUCCCUCAUGGAGACAGUGGACACGGAGAUUGUUACCCAGCUGCAGGAGUUUCUGCAGGGAUUCUAGGAACACAUGCUGUGUGGCUGCCACCCUUCUGAAACAUGCUGAGUAACCAGCCUGCCAUCUAUAUGUGAGAGCCUGCUGAGAGGAAGUCGUCUGUGUGAAUAUAAAGAAACUAGACCAUACACUUUUUACUAUAAAAUAUAAAGAAUAAAUAUAAACCCCACAUAUUAAAGUCACAAACCUAUUCCUCAAAAGAAUUUAAUUUUAUAUUUAUGAGGGGGGCCCUGUGUUUACUAGAGGUACAUUUAUUGACAUAACUGCAUUGUUUCCUGUUAAGAGAAGAAACUGAUUACCUUUAAUCAUGAGCUCUUAACACUAGAGAAGAUGAAGGUUAAUGUUUCGGAUGCUUUCCUGCAACCCAAAUUAGUUAAAUUUGGCUGCCUUAUCCUUUUUCUCAAGCAACAAGCUUGAAAAAUGAGAAUGCUGUGCAAAUGAUGCACUUAAAGGAAUUUGUGCACUAAGCAGAAGUAGUGACAAAUAGAUCAUCUUGCAAGGGAGCCAUUUUCAUCUGACAGAAAACAUGUUUAUCAGACAAAUGCUUUUAUCUUCAUUCUAGUAGUUUGAUACAGGAAUUGGUAAAGGCACUUUGAACUUGUUUUGUUAUCAGUGAAUACACUGGAAUGCCCAAUGAAGUGAACAUGUACUGUAAUGCCAGGUGGGAGACCGUGGUUUGUUCCAGGUUCCUGUGUUACUCGUGAGGGCCAUCAGCCCCAUGGACACCAAGAAGAGCCAGACAGCUCCCAGGCCCCUCUGUGCUGUGACAGUCGCACUUGGCCGUGACAGGCUGCUCAGUAUUUACCCGUCUCAGGUUCCUCAUGCAGCAGUGUGUCAGGACCUCAGUGCCAUGGGUGCACCUCAGAGGACUCCACAGCAAUCCCCAAGGGCACCGACACUGACAUAACCAGUCUUCCUUCCUACCCUCCGUCACAUAGUACAUAAAGGGGAUAGGGAAAAUAAAGCCUUACCUUGCUUUACUUGCCACUUACUGUGAGGAACUUGUAGGAACUACUCAAAAGCAAGAUUGAAAAAGUCUUAUCUUUCUCCAGAAAGUCAGGUACUGUAUGUGACUGAGGGAAAACCACUGCCCCUUUGUAAGCUCUGGAACCCAAAAUGUCUGCAGAUAUGUGCUGUUUUCGGCAAAGGAAGAAAAUAUGGUCCAAAUUAAAUUUUCCAAAGAUACCUCA